AUGGCCCUCCUCCCCCCAGAACUCGACGCUGCUUUGGCAAGGAUUUCUGAUGAUGUGCCACCAAUCCGUGUCAUGAUUGAUGACCUACGUAAAGCUGGAGAAGUGGAUCUACCAGAGAAGGUCAAGUAUCCACAAAGCAACGGUGGAGGUUUCAUGGCAUCACUGAAAGUCAAUCCCUAA